CUGCUGUGGCUCUCCGGGGCUCGCUGUCGGUCGUGUGCAGAGGUACGAGAAAUGCAGAGGCGUAAGAAGCAGCUGAAGGAGCGGUGCAAGCAGGAGGAGAACAUCUCCAUCUCGGUUGCCGUGUGGAACACGGAAAUUCUGCCCCACUGGGACCGCACGAGGCAGACCCGGAAAGCCAAGGACCUCUGGUGGCAAGGCAUCCCUCCCAGCGUGCGGGGCAGAGUGUGGAGGCUGACCAUCGGCAAUGAGCUCAACAUCACACACGAGCUGUACGAGAUCUUCCUUUCUCGAGCAGAAGAACGGUGGAAAAGCUUCAGUGAGACGAGCUCCAACGUUGAAGCUGAAGAGGCUGCUGCUGCUGCUGUUGCUGCCACAGCGGAGGCCGACCGGGAGGCCAGCCUGGAGCUCAUCAAACUCGACAUCUCGCGCACCUUCCCCACGCUCUGCAUCUUCCAGAAGGGUGGACCCUACCACGACGUGCUGCACAGUGUGCUGGGCGCCUACACCUGCUACCGGCCGGACGUGGGCUACGGCAUGUCCUUCAUUGCUGCUGUGCUGCUGCUGAAUAUGGACACGGCCGAUGCCUUCAUUGCCUUUGCCAACUUACUGAACCGACCCUGCCAGAUGGCCUUUUUCCGCGUUGACCAUGGCCUGAUGCUCGCUUACUUUGCAGCCUUUGAAGUUUUCUUUGAAGAAACCCUCCCACAGCUCUUUUCACAUUUCAAGAAGAACAAUUUGACUCCAGAUAUUUAUUUGAUCGACUGGAUCUUCACCCUCUACAGCAAGUCGCUGCCCCUGGACGUCGCGUGCCGCGUCUGGGACAUCUUCUGCCGUGACGGGGAGGAGUUCCUCUUCCGCACGGCGCUCGCCAUCCUGCACCUGUACGACGACGUGCUGCUGCACAUGGACUUCAUCCACAUGGCCCAGCUGCUGACUCGCCUCCCCGAGGACCUGCAGGCCAGCGAGCUCUUCUCUUCCAUCUCGGCCAUCCAGCUGCAGAGCCGCAACAAGAAGUGGAGCCAGGUGCUCGCCACCCUACUAAGGGACUGCAGGGACUCGGGCAGAAGCAGCAAGGCCAACAGCCCCAGCCUGAGGCACUGAGCCCCCCGGGGCAGCUCCAGCAGCACCUCCCUCGCCGCCCAUGCGCCGCGAUGAUCGUCUCCGUGAAUGCCGGGAGCCGCAUCAGGAAUCGUGCCUUGCUGACAACACAGACUGCUGGGUGGGACUCGCGACUCGUGAAGGAAUGGGUUCACUGAUGCUCUCGACAUCGCAGCAGACAUCCUUUAUCCAAAUGAAUUGCCGUUAGCAGCUUUUUAAAUAAAUGUAGAAUACUGUACUAUCUUGCACUUCUUUUUAUUCAGGGAAAAUUACUUGUUAUUGAUCAGGAAGUGUUUGUUUUGCUGUUCUGUUGCUGUUUAAAAGUGUUUUUUCUAUUCAAGUUUUGUUCUUUCAGUUUUGUGAGCAAUAACCAUUUAUUUAAUGUGGGACCACGGAGACUUUCAAGGGUCAUUGCUGCUCCUAGGUCAGGUUUUAUGAACUAUUUAGGAGCAUUCAUUAUUCACCGAGCUGAGCAAGAAGAUCAACUAAGUGAAGAAGCUCAACACAUUCAUUGAAUAAUUGUUGGUUGAUAAGGGCGCAGAAUAGCCACAUUCAGACAAAUCUCAAUUGAGAGAAAUGCCCCAUUUUCCUGCCUUAAAUGUUACAUUUAUCGCAAAUUUUAAUUGUCCUUGGAGCCCAACGUGGGUUGGAGCUAGGGGUGCAGUUUGCACAAGAAUCAAACGACUAGAUUUCCAAAACUGUAGAACACAACAUUAGAUCCUCAUUGCGGUUCUCCAUCUUGCACAAUCCAAAUCGCUCCAGCUAAUGCGACGUUCAGAGAUUGAGGGGUUCGUCGUGGCUUUCAUGAAUAUCCCUUACGUCGCAGUUGUGCUUUGCAUAACAACGUGGCAGAAGGCUCCCCCGUUGCGGUGCAAAGUCAUCAGGAGAUCACUCGGAGUGCUUUCUGAGGACGAGCGCUCCCAAUCAAACCUAGGCCUCCAAGGUGUUCAUUUAAUUUUAAAUGUGGUUUUAAUCACAACUCGGUAGGUGUGACAUCAAUGUGAUUGGGUAGCAUAUUGUGAACUGACCUUAUAAUGAAUGUACCUUAGCAUUUUACUUAACGUAUGCGUUUGUUUAGGAAAUAAUGCAAUGAGUUUUUUGUGAGUGGCUUAUGUGUUUCCUGAUUGCAGUAGAACUUCGUUGGUUUAUUCCAUACUGGUCACAAAUCCUGCUGCCCACAGGGGUCAGCAGACCUGCGGUUCUCCCAGUUGUGCGCAGAGCUCCCAAGAUUCGCGAAGCGUUAAAAUCUUCGACGGAAGCGGUGGCAAAACGCGGUCUCUGUGCUGCAGCCGGUUGUCAAGUGCUGGCGACUCCCUAGGGGGCGCGCCAAUGUCUCUCUCCCGUGUGCCUGUCCGAGGCGCAAGGCGAAUGGUGGAAAUUUAAACUGGUUCAUGAAAGUCGGGAGGUUCGCACAUUGAAUACAAUACUCACCCAAGUGAUGACCUGUAUUCAUCAGAUCUUUAUUCAAAUAGUGGGCUCCUCCAUUGAAGACAAUGGGGAUGCUGCCACUUUAUAGGAAUCGUAUGGAGAGGAGCAAUGUAAAAUGAGAAUGCCCUUGUUAUGCACGAUGUGAGAAUAAUAACAUAGGUCCUGUCCUUGAUACAACGUUACUAAACAUGGGAUAUUCCAAUGGGUAAUUAUUUAGCUAACACAGGAAAUGUGCCUUGAUGUUGCAAGCAAUUCCCUAUGGCCCAUGAUGCUGCAGAUCAGAGGGAAACGUCUGUUACUUGACCUGUAUCUCCUGCAGAGCUUCGUGAAAGGGGAAAUAGGCGGUGACACGGUCACCACUUGUUGAAAAGCUUCACGGUUCGUGUUACAGUGGCCGUCCGGAUUAAUACUGCUGUGUGUUAACGAUAACAAUACUCAGCGCCGUCGUCUUCACAAUCGACGUUCAAGAUACCGUGAAGUAUUUCACAAGAGUAGGCCAGUGUGCCGGUGUUGUGGUCCAUUUUUUUAUUUAGCUGCAAAUUACUCAAUUGGAAUAUACAUGGCGAUCAUGAUGCCCUAUUUGCAGGACCACCCUGAACAGUCUUGCCAGUGAGGCUUUAAUUGGUAAAUAAGCGUAAUGAUGACAAUAAUGAGUGGGUGAAGGUGAUGCUGCACCCAGACAACGCCGUCAGUCGGCAUAGCCCGCCGUGUUUGCGUAUCGUGCCUGAUGCUCGUGGCUCUGUGGAUCCCCGUGGCGAUCAGACUCAACCUGUGGAUCAAGUGAUAUCAAGGGAACCCUCUUAUCUGCCAAUUUGGUCAUUCACAACAGCACCCUAUGUCUGUGGAUAAGAAGCAUUCUGCCGUGCUUUUGCCGAAGCCACUUUUAUCAUCCGCUGAAGAACAAAUGGAUACCCACUAUAAUCUUGAUUUCUAAACCUGUUUAAAUGCAACCGUAUCUCAAGAUGCUGGGCGACGUUAAAUGUUGUGCCGUACCAAUUCUUGCAUGUGCAAUACCCUGCAGAAAAAGCAAUUAUUUAUAGUUCUCACCUGUACCCAAUUUCAAAAGGCGGACGUGUCUGUGUUACAAUAAUAUAGGUACCUUAUCAGUUUUUUUAGGACCGCUGUGAACUAAAUGUAAUGCGGUAUACGUUUGUACAAUUGCAAUGGUGUAUAUAAUCAGUAAAUUAAAAAUAUGGUCGGAUUGUGUAAUUGUUCCAGUUGGUGUGCGGGUUGGCACGGUACACAUGUAAGCAUUUUAACGCGUGCAUUGCUGAAUAUUGCUGAAGGAAACCACACCCAGGGGUGGGCACUGGGUUUAAUAAAGUGGUAUGAUGACAAGGA